CUAGGAAUUUCCUCUUUCAAUUCCAUCCUUUUUUUCCAUUAAAUACAUCCAUUCUUGAUAUUGACCAAUGGCAGUGUUUAUGGCUCUUCCUGAUGGAAAAUUAUGCACAACUUGACAUGCAGUUGAAUAAUACUUGCUUCACCUGCUAAGAUCACCAGUGAUUUACCUUGUGGCUGCCUCCAUCGGCCCCCAUUAAUUGAUUUGGUAGUUCUGAGGUCACCUGCAAAAAAAUAUCUAAUUUAUUGCAAUAUUUGUUUCAAGAAGUAAUCUCAAAGGUGAGUUUUCUUUGGAAUAUCAUCCAAAGGAUGAUCUGAAAUGGCUAGACUUCUCCUACUUUCUGCAUUUUUGCCUCUCCUUCUUCUGGUCCAUGCUGAUGGUCAAGAUCAAUCAGGUUUCAUCAGCAUAGAUUGUGGUAUACCAGAAAACUCCAAUUAUACUGAUGAUAUAACAAGGCUCAAGUAUGUUUCUGAUGCAGAGUUUAUCGAUACGGGUGAAAUCCAUAACGUAUCGUCUGAAUACAUGAACACAAAAUUAGAGAAGCAACUCGGGAAUCUAAGAAGUUUUCCUGAAGGAAACAGAAGCUGUUACACCAUAAGAACAAAAGGGGGUGGGGGAGAAAGGUACUUGAUCAGAGUGAGUUUCUUGUAUGGAAACUAUGAUAACCAACGAAAACCACCGACAUUUAAUUUAUCUCUUGGAGUUGAUCAUUGGGAUUCAGUUAAUUCUUCUGAAAUAGUAAGAAAAGAACUGAUACAUGUCCCACCAUUAGAUUAUAUGCAAAUCUGUCUAAUAAACAUUGGAAACGGAAUGCCUUUCAUAUCAGCAAUAGAGAUUAGGCCUCUAGAUAAUUCCACUUAUCUGACAAUAUCUGGAUCUUUGAUGCUCCAUCAGCGGCUAGAUUAUGGUCUAAAAGGCAACCGAAUUGUAAGGUAUCCUAAUGAUAGUUAUGAUCGGAUAUGGUCGUCCUCACCCUUACGUGGCUCCGAAAUCAUAUCUUCUACUCGUUCAAUACAAUCAAAUAUAUUUGCAAUUCCAUCUAUUGUCUUGGAAACUGCAGUUACGCUGAAAGAUCCCCACCAGCCCCUGAAUAUUUCGUGCAAUACUCAUAACGAAACGGGUCCGUUCUAUAUUUACAUGCACUUUGCAGAUAUCCAUAAGAUGGUGAAAGGGGAGUUUAGAGCCUUCAACAUCUUUGUCCAUGGAUUAUUAUGGUAUGGCCCAUUGGUUCCUAAGUAUUUGUCAACUACCACACUCUAUAGCAUUAGUGGCACCACUGCUGCAAAGGGACGCAACCUUGAGUUCUCCAUUAAAAGAAAUGAAAGUUCAAGUCUUCCACCCCUAAUCAAUGCCAUUGAGAUCUUUGUAGAAAAGAAGUUCCCACAGUUGCAAACAACCCAAACUGAAAUUGAGGCACUGCUGAGCAUAAAAUUAGCAUACAAUCUGAAGAAAAACUGGCAAGGAGAUCCAUGUUACCCUCAAGAAUAUUCGUGGGUUGGUCUUAAUUGCAGUUACAUUAGCGACAGCCAGCCGAGUAUCACAUCGUUGAACUUGUCGUCGAGUGAAUUGGCUGGGGAAAUUUCUUCCCACAUAUCAAAUCUUAUAAUGCUACAAUACCUGGAUUUGUCCAACAAUCAUUUAAAUGGCACGGUUCCAGGUUUUCUAGCUAGUCUGCUAUCCUUGAGAGUUCUAAACCUAGCAAACAACAAUUUCUCAGGGAUAAUUCCACAGGCACUGAUCGAAAGAUCAAGAAAUGAAACCUUAUCAUUGAGUGUCGAAGGCAAUCCAUAUCUUUGUCUAUCAGAGCCCUGCAGUAAGAAGGAGGAGAAGGAGUAUAUAAUUCCAUUAGCAGCAACACUUGGUGGAGUUACAUUAGCAUUGUUAACCGGAGGCACGAUCCUUUGGAGCCAAAGAAGACGAAAGAGGAAAGAAAAACAGAUCUCUGGGAGUAGCAAGCAAGGCGAGACAUUACUAAUGCCAGAGGAUACGAAGUUUACCUACUCUGAAAUUUUAAGUAUAACAAACAAUUUUGAGAGGGUAAUAGGGAAAGGAGGAUUUGGAACUGUUUAUCAUGGUUACUUGCAUAGCAUCCAAGUCUCUGUGAAAAUGCUGUCGCCUGCAUCAGUUCAAGGUUACAGGCAAUUUCAGGAAGAGGCACAAUUGCUUACUACAGUUCACCAUGGAAACUUAACUUCCGUACUUCGAUAUUGUGAUGAAGACACUCACCUAGGACUGGUUUAUGAACACAUGGAAAAUGGAAACUUAGCAGAUCUUCUAUCAGGAAAAAGCAAUCAUAUCUUGAACUGGAAAGAGAGACUGAGAAUUGCUCUGGAUGCAGCACAAGGGUUAGAGUACCUUCAUUUUGGCUGUAAGCCACCAAUUAUUCACAGAGACCUGAAGUCUACGAACAUACUAUUAGAUAAAAACCUCCAUGCCAAAUUAGCUGAUUUUGGCUUGUCAAAAUCAUUCCGAUCAGGAGAUGGAGCUCAGGCAUCUGCAGCUGUUGGUACCCCAGGAUACCUUGACCCAGAGUAUACUUUGACGAACAAGUUAAAUGAAAAGAGUGACGUUUAUAGCUUUGGGGUGAUUUUACUUGAAAUUGUCACUGGUCAGCCAGCAAUAACAAAAAGUCAGGACAAAACCCAUGUCAUCAAAAGGGUUAUUUCAGUGCUUAAGGAAGAGGAAAUCAGAAACACAGUCGACCCAAAAUUAGGAUUGGACAUAAACAAUAGUUCUAUUUGGAAAUUUAUGGAAUUAGCAAUGGUCUGUGUAUCUUCUUCUUCAACUGAUAGGCCAACCAUGACCCAGGUAGUGAUGGAACUGAAGCAAUGUUUGGCUGUCUUGGAGAAUUCUCAGGAAAACAAUGGUGAAUUCAGUUCCAGCCUUGAAUUGGCCUCCCUGACUUCAAUUAAAGAUCCCCAAGAAAGGUAGUAGAACUUGCAUGGCAACAAUGCUAGUUAUUAGUUGUUCUAGUUUGAACCUUAUGUGUUUCAAUACCAAUCUUUGUUAUUCUCAUGAAAUAUAUAUAUAUAUUUAAAGGCAGCGUUUUGCCAAGAAAUUUGUUGUUAAUCUUGAAUGGAUUCUAUUGAACCA